CCGGCGGCGGGCGAAGCUGCCCCGAAUGUUUUAACGUUCGGGAGGCUGCAGUAAUUGACAUCGCGCGGGGAAACCUUGGCAAGGGGAAAGUCAACCAGAAGCCAGGAUCCCCCCAAAUCUCUGAAGGUUGGCUGGAGAGCCAACUGUAUAGUUUUGAGUUUCCACAGCCACGUACUACACCUCCGUGACCAUCCUGGACAGUAACAAAAACAAAUAAAAAUCCGAGCCCAAACUCUGCCACCAUCAUAGGUCUAAAUGUCUGUACUUACUCUGGAAUCGGUAAGCCAUGGCAUCAAAGAAAUUUGCUGUUAAAUGUGGGAAUUUUGCUGUCCUGGUGGAUCUUCAUAUAUUGCCGCAAGGUUCAAGCAAAGACACCAGCUGGUUUUCUGAACAGAAGAAAGAGGAGGUCUGUUUACUGUUAAAAGAAACCAUUGAUUCAAGAGUUAAAGAGUACUUAGAAGUUCGUAAACAGCACAAGCCGUCAAGUACAGAAUUCACAAGAUCCAGCCCUUUGUCCUUAAAAGGUUAUGGCUUUCAUAUAACAGCUUAUUUCCUCCGGAGAGGGAUCCGCCUUUACUGCUCUGGGGGCUCCCAGGAUUCUGCGCUCCGUGUGUUUCCUGACAGAUUUGUGGUCUGUGUAAGUCAGCUAGCAUUCAGUCACGAUCAUUUGGCAAGUCAGAACAAAGAGUUGACGGAAAGAGCUCACCACGGAGUGUCCGAUUAUUUUGCUGAGUGCGCCGAGAGCACAUUUCCUCCCCGUGAAAAGCACAAGAGAAGUGCUCUGGAAAAAAAUGUAGGUCCACCUGUGAUGAGAAUUGAAACAAAAAGCAGCACUGUGAGCAAAUCAUGGAACAGCAAGAAUGUUGUGGGAACAUCUAGUGAGUCAGAGAUUGUGGAGAUAUCGAAGAGGAGGGGUGAUGGCCAGGCUUCAUCCAGAAACCCUUCCGAGGCCACGGGACAGGCGAAGGAUUACAUAAAGGCAGCUGAGAACCACUGGGGGCUUCCUGUUCAAAAGCUGGAAAAUGUUCAUCAGAUCCAGCCAGAAGACUCUCGCAGCCAGCAAAAACCUCAUCCUGGGGAGCGGUUACAGACAGGACUUCUAAGUGGGGGCCCUGUCUGUAGCUGUGAGUCAGCAUCAGCAGGUCCAAAACAAAGUCCGCAAGAGGCCAGAGCACACGGGGAACGCGGGCGCUGGGGCUCUGCGGAAGGCUGCGACCACCACAACAGAGUUGCUCUUGGAAGUGAUGGAUGAGUCCCCAGAGACAUAAUAGUGGAAAAAAAGCAACACUGUCAGGGUUCUGCCAACUUUGAGCUGUCAGAUCCGGGGUUACUUUUGAAACAAGAUUUGGCAAAAACCUCGUCUAAAGAAGAGUUUCAUGUUUUGGGAAAUCUCUCCUCCAGACAACUUAUGAAAAAUAAGCCAGGGCAGGCACAACACGCUGGCUCAGGAGCAGACACUCAAAGACCCAAGAAGAGAAUGAAGCUUGAGAAAGGCCACAAACUUAGCAUAGAGUGUGUCCGUGUGGAGGAUAUGGAGACCAAACCUGUGAAAAAUGAACCCUGUGUGCCUAGAGGCCGUGAUUUUAAAGGACUUAGAAGGACUGUUUUAAAUAAUAAUAAUAAUAAAAAUUGAUUCAUUCUCCAUGUUGGCUUAACUUUCAAAGCAGGCACCUCCAGGGACCUCUCUGCU